UUUUAUCGUGGCAGCGUGGGGAGGCAAGGACUAUUACACAUUUAUGUGAUUAUGUCGUUGUUAGAAGAAGCUUUCCAAUAUCACGUCUUCGUUAACGCGUGAGAAGUAAGUUCUUUUAAAAUUCACCUCAGUCAGGCAGUGGCACCGCGCAACCCCAACUGUAAUAAACUGUACCGUAAUGCAAGGGCAUUGGGCAAGGUUCAACUGCUACCAAGAGAGCAGUUUCUGAAUCCGAAUGCUGCUGUAGGGAAUAGAAUUGAACUGAGGUCAUAAAUGCUCAACGGAGAUUGGUAAAUACAAGAAGAACGAUCUUAAUGUACUGUACUGUUAGGACGAUGGAUAACACUGGUCUAUACUGAAGUAUCAAAUGCGGGAUGCUCUCGAGUGAAAUAGAUCUCGCUAGUCGCUGCUGAAGAACUGUUACGAGUAGCUCUUGAUUUUCUGGCGGGCAGAGAGAAGGGAAAGACGGGAUCAUUCAGUUGAGCACGCCGGUCGGUAGACUUCCUCAACACACCAUCUCUUUUAGAUUCGAUUCGAUUUUAAUCAUCGCCGCAGGAACUCUCUUAUUCCUUUGAGGAAUACUGACGUGGGUUUUUUUUCAUUCUGAUAUUGACUUCUGGAUUCAUCAGUGUUAGUUUAUAAAAGCGAUGACCAGAUUUCAUCCGAGACUGACAUUUUCUUGAUGUCGUUGCCGGUGCUCAAGGUAGGAAGCAGCUCAUGUGGUCUCCUCAGUGAUCCUGGUUUUUGGAUCCUUGAUUCAAGGAUGUAAAUCACCUUUAGCUCGUUCAUGAAAAUCUUGUAUCAUUGAGAUUUCCUUAUCUGUGUCAAGAAAACGGAUCGUUCUGCAGGAGUCGUCAAAUGAAUAACCAUCAGCCUGUGACCAUCACAAUUUCCAAUAUGGGGUCAUUGGAUCAAAACAAACUCGAGGAAUACUUCGACCAAAAUCCAGAGCUGGUACAGGAAUAUUUCCUGAAGAGGGCCGACAUCGGUCUUGUGAACAAAUGGUUAGUUGGCCAUGGGUUCCAUACCAUACAUGACUACGUCUCGGGACAUCGGGGAUCUCUCUCUCAGGAGAGCAGCGGUCCUGCAUCACCUAAUGUCACAAUGACGGAUAGUGGCUUCUUCUCGGACAAAGACGUCAAACACAUUCGCACAAAUUCAAAGAAACAUCUCCGUCAUGACUUUGCUAGAUCUAAAAUGCGAAGUAUGUUUCGCACGUGCGAGCCCUCGGUCACACAAUCACAUACUCUCGAAGCCAGGCGCAGUAGCUUAAAGGGCAUGCGCCAAUUUAAGUCACUUCCGGCGACAAAUAUCAACAUGCUGAGCAUGCUCAUUGAGUCAAAAGUCAGACUUCCGCGCUAUGCGAGUAAGGACGAGGAUUAUAAACGCGAAUUACGUCACAUUAACGAACGGGAGUUCUUUCUUGAGAUCGUCAAGGAUAUCUCAAAUGACCUUGACCUUGACGGAUUAGCGGUGAAGAUACGGACAAACAUUCAGAUAUUAUGCGAUUGUGAUCAUAGUACUUUAUACCUCAUCGAGGGGCCCAAAGGGCACGAAACGCUUGUGUCAAAAUCAUGUGAUUCGUCUGAGGAUUAUCGCGGAAGUGAUCUGUUUCUACGCGGUAACCACGGAAACUAUAUAAACAAAGUGCCGCUGGGGAAAGGUAUCGUGGGAUAUGUUGGCGAAACCGGAAGAACAGUGAAUCUGGAGCAUGCGCAAGAGGAUCCGCGGUACAAUGAGAUGGUGGAUUUAAUCGGCGGCUCCCAGUCGAGCUCGCUACUCUGUAUGCCAAUCAGAAAUGCAGACGACGAGGUGAUUGGCGUGGCGGAAGUGAUGCAUAAGAUCAGGAACGGAAGCGUUUUUACGAAAGAUGAUGAAAAGUUGUUCGAAACGUACCUGACAUUCUGUGGUAUAGCCAUCCAGAAUGCCCUGGUUUUCGACGCCUACAGCAAGGAAUAUGAAAGAAAUAAGGAACUCCUCGAAGUGGUUCACGACCUAUUCGAAGAACAGACAUCAGUCGAUGCUGUGGUGUCAAAGAUUAUGCAGCGAGCUCAGUCCUUGCUCAAAUGUGAACGCGUUUCGAUGCUGCUCAAAGAUAUGAACGAUAAAGACAAUAUAGUAUUCACGAAAGCCUUCGACCUGUGCCAGGCAAAUAAUGGUGACGUCACGCAGAGCUGCAAUAAGCGUCCGAACACCCGGAUCUAUGACCGUAUAGCUGAGAUCGUAGCCUCAACCGGUGAAACAGUCAACAUGGCCGAGACUGCCAGUGAUAGUAGAUUCGAUCUCAGCUCAGAGAAGGCCAAUGGCGUCCAGGCGAAAAGUCUUCUGUGUAAGCCAAUCAGGAAUCCGGAUUUUCAAAUCAUAGGCGUGGCCAAAGUGAUAAACCGACAGGAUGGGAAGCCGUUUGACGAAAUGGACGAUCAACUGUUUGAGGCGUUCACGAUCUUCUGCGGACUCGGUAUCAACAAUUGCCUCCUGUACGACGAGGUGUCUCGAGCAGCGGCCAGGCAAGCAGUAGCCCUGGAAGUCUUGUCCUACCAUGCCGCGAUUAGCACCGAGGAGGUUCAAAAGUUUAAGCGUGCCAAAGUGCCCGAGGUCUCAUCAUGGCAUCUCACGGAGCUGACCUUCAAUGAUUUCUCACUGGACUCAGAUGAGAUGCUCAUUGCCAGCAUCCGGAUAUUCAUGGAUGCUGGACUUAUCCAUGCUUACAAGAUUGAAUACGAGACGCUUAUUCGAUGGCUGUUGACAGUCCGGAAGAAUUACCGCCAGGUGGCUUACCACAACUGGAGACAUGCGUUCAACGUCUGCCAGGUCAUGUUCACGAUAUUGAAAUCAACACAGACAGAGCGAAACGGCUUCCUUUCCUGCAUCACGAACGCCGAGGCCCUGGCUCUGAUUGUCGGCUGUCUGUGUCAUGAUCUCGACCACAGGGGAACCAAUAACGCAUUCCAACAAAAGAGCAGUUCAGCCUUGGCCCAGCUCUACGGCACCAAGGCGACAUUGGAGCACCAUCACUUCAACCACGCGAUUAUGAUACUCAACAGUGAAGGACACAACAUCUUUGGAAAUAUCCCCGCGGAUGAAUACAAGGAGGUGAUGCGUCUCCUCAAACAUUCCAUCUUGGCGACUGACUUAUCCUUACAUUUUCCAGUAAGGGAGAAAUUCAUGAAACUGGUUGAGAAUGGCCCUUCAGCCAACCGAUGGAAGACGCGGGAAGAGAAAGACAUUGUGCGUAGUGUGCUGAUGACUGCCUGUGAUAUUGCCUGCAUUACCAAGCCUUGGGAAGUACAGAGAAAGGCUGCUGAUCUUGUGAUGACCGAGUUCUUUGACCAAGGCGACAAGGAGAAGAGAGAAUUGAAGAUACAACCUACGCCACUGAUGGACCGGGAGCGCCAAGACGACCUUCCCCAGUUACAGCUUGGUUGGAUCGACGGGAUCUGUCUCCCACUUUAUAAGGCUCUCGGUAAAAUGGACGGUUUCUUCAAGCAACCGUUGGAUGGCGUAUUGGAAAACCGUCGCCAAUGGGACGCGCUCGAGAGACGGCGGAAAAUUCCGAAAGUUGUCCGCGAAACUGGGGUGUGAUUGGUUCGUUUGUAACCUUAGAAUAGAUGCACUACUCUCCAUGCAGAUCGGAGGGCAUUCUUUCUGCCAACGUAGAUUUCGAUUGCACCGCACGGUCCCGGAUGUAGUCACAUAUCAGUUAGCAAUCAGGGGCGAUCAAAGACCAAACAAAACCUCCAGAAAAAACAUAAAAUCUGAACCUGAAAGAGUGAUCUGUCGAAUUUGUAUCAGUCGAUUAUGAUCGAUCGCUACGACAUGGACAUGUACCGGUACGGUCCUGAUUACUGGUAUAUUACCGGUUGUACAGUGAUCGCUCCACCAAUCUCGUAGAGAAGCUGGUCUAAAAUGGCGGCAGUGUUGGCAGGUGUGGAACGCAAUACGGGCGGGCUGCGCAGGAGUCUGGAGAUGAUAUAGACAUCCGACAGGACAAUCACCGAAUUCAGGAAUUUCCGGAACCAGAGUUGAAUUGACUUCCAGUGGUAUUAUCCAAUCAGAAGGACUUGCUAGUAAUGAAUGCUCGUGCCGCCAAGUCGCGACCCUUCCUUGUCAUGGUCGAGUUGAGGUUACAAGGCUAAGUUUAACUACAUGUGAUCAUUAAAUAGUAUUAUAUCGUCGAUAUUGUUGAUAUUAGAUUAUUACAGUUGCUGUAAACAGGUUUAGGACAACUCGCUAUCUUGACAUAUCAAGGUUUAAAAAAAAGUAUGUCAGUGUAUAAAAGAGGAAUGUGUACCUACUUGGACAUGACUGUAUAUAAAAGAGAGAUGGCUUGUCAGCUGUCAAGAAGUCCGUUUAUUGUAUAUUUCGCUGCUUUGUCGUCAAUAGAAUAAAAUGAAUCACGAUAUAUUAA